CAACCCCACGAUGCACAGGGGCCCGCUACAGUUCGUUUGCAUCGCUUCAGCCUUAAUCAUCAAUUACUUGCCAUUACCGUGUAGUGUUAGUAGCACCAUGUUGCAACGUAUCGCGGUCUGUCUAUUGGGUCUAGUGGUAACGCUCCAGCCCGCCAGGGCAAGUCGCGAGCGAGGAUCAUUCUGCAGAUCAUCGAACGGUUUGCCGGGGAUGUGCGUUGCGCUGAAGUAUUGUCCCCAAUUGGCAGCACUCGAUGAGAAACCGUACCUAACCCGGCACGAGAUGAACCUACUGAUAGGAGCUGCCGGUGCAUGUCCAUCGGAGUUAGAGCAAUACUGUUGUGCCAAUGGAGAUAUCCGUUGGUUCGCAAAGAGCACUUUGAAAGCUUCGAAGAAACCGUCCAAAAAACCUACGCCACCGGUGGAAAUGGAUGGGGAUAACUCGAUAUCCGAUACAGAAUGUCUUCAGACACGACUCGGAAUGGAUGACCGAUCGAUCGGGAGAGCGUCGCUAGAUUCUUCGUUCGGAGUGUUUAUAGCCUACACCGGCAGGAAGAAGUACAGCCGUUGUGUGGGAAGUUUGGUUACACCCGAGUACGUCCUUACGGCGGCUCACUGUGUGCAGAAACCGAACGGGAUGGUUUUGUACGUGAACGCUCACCACGUCACGCGGGACACGGUGCACGGUGGGCUCAAGGCGGAUGUGGAACCACGGUACGUCCGGGAGGUGGUGAUUCACGAACAGUACAACACUACCACGCGCGAUCACGACAUUGCCUUGCUACGGUUGAACGAGAGCGUAGCGGUGGGCGAUCCUGGAUCACCGGGACCGAUCUGCAUCCCGAUGGGCACGAAGCACGAUCCGAUCGCUGCAGCUGGACACACGCUGAACUGUUUCGGUUGGGGUGUUUAUGCAGAUGGCGAACCGGCUGACAGCAAGCAGUGGAUAACGCUGGAACGCAUCUCGCAGGAGCUGUGUCAGGCGCGGAUGGAUUCGUUGCGUGUGGCGCUGGUGCAGAGGGUGCUGGUGACGGAGCGUAACAUCUGCACCAUUACCAUCACCGGGCAUGACGCGUUUGCGGGCUAUUCCGGUGGCCCGCUGAUGUAUCGAAAGGAGGGCACCUGGUUCUUGGUGGGGCUGAUCAACUUUGGCGUUGGCACCACUAGCAGCGAGUUCCCGGUGGUGUCGCUGAAUGUGCAACAGUACACGGACUGGAUUAUCGGAAACAUUCGCCAGCAGUAGGACGGUGGAGCGAAGUGGAGAUGCUACCUACACAUAUUCAACCACAAAGAAAUUACAAAAUCAAAAUAAACAGAAUACGUUCAACAAGGGCUCUCUACAGUGGUAGUGGUGACGGUGACGGUUGUUUGUUUUCCCCCAGUGGCAUCUCUACUCGGUGUUCAAUGAUAACGCACUCAGUUAACGAUUACAGUCACAAUCAGCAGCAACCCCGAUCGCGGCUGCUCGCAUUCGAGAGUGACCGUGAACCUUGGUGUGAUCCACAGUGCUGGAAGCUGAUUUGCGAACCCCUCGAAAGUUCCCUUUUCCCAAAUGUGUGCCAACGGUGUGCGAUGAUGACUUGUCCAACGUUUGUGGCGUUUGCCCGCCUUCUGCCACUGUUGCUGCUGGCUGACGGGACGCUCGCACAGCGCCAGGUGAAUCAGGCGUGUAUCCUCACGAACGGACAGGUCGGAGGAUGCGUCCGGUUGGCGGAGUGUGCCGAGAUCGCUGAGCUAGCGAACCGCAACGUGCUGUACUUGUGGGAAACGCAAAAGAUAAGGGCCGUCUUGGGUGCCUGUGAAAGUGACGAGAAUUCACCCGAUCCGAUCGUUUGUUGUGAAUCAGGAAGGCGGAGAAACGUUCCUGGUUCUACAGUAACAGCUUCCACCACCACUACUGCUGCUCCUCCGACCACCAGAAGACCUACCACAACACGACGUCGAUGGAUUACUACCACUACCGAACCAAUCACCACCAGACCUACUAGACCGGCCCAGCUUAGAACGAGCACCUCACCAACACGACGGCGAAGGAUUACUACCGUGUCGUCCACAACCGUGCGUUCCAGCACGGAGAUUAAUUACAAACACUUUAGGGAUGUGUUACCGAAGGUUUGCGGUAUGCGACAAGUUGUCCCUACCAUCCUUUCGGGUGCGAUCGAUGAAGACAACACCCAUGUGUGGGCCGUACACUUGGAGAUUCAAAAGCCGAAAGAGACCACCCUGGCACGAUGUGUCGGAACACUGAUCCAGGAAAGUUACGUCCUAACGGCAGCUCACUGUCUACAGUUGUUGCCCCUAGAAAAUAUCAAGCUGUUUUUUGGCGUAAGUUACAUCAGCCUGCUGCCCAAGUGUUUGGCCGAUGGCGACUGUCAGGAGCGUAGGGCGGCCGAGUUCAUCAUUCACCCGGAGUACAACUCGCACACGACCACGAACGAUGUGGCGCUCAUCAGGGUAAGCGAGCCGGUAGCCACUUCGGACUAUAUUAUGCCCGCCUGUCUAUCGCUGGAUCAUGUUUUCGACGAGAGACUACCGGACGAUAAGCGUGUCCUGUCGUUUGGUUGGGGUAAAACCGGAUAUGGUGGCAUGAGUGAUUCGAAGCGCAUCGUCUACCUGAACGUCAUCUCGCCGGAAGAAUGUAGCGGACAUCUCGUGAACAGCACACGCAUCAGUACAUCCAUGGCCUUCAGUGUGAUGUGCACGCUGGGCGUGGUGAGAGGCCAGGACGUGUGUCAGGGUGACUCCGGUGCACCGAUGCUGCAUUUUCACAAAAAACAGUACUUCGUCGUUGGUGUGGUUAGCAUCGGGCCCAAGUGUGAUCCUUCCGCGGGUAGUGCCACAAAGCUUGCGCCCGGCAUUGCCACGCGAGUGUCCGAGUUUAAACGAUGGAUACUUGCUACUAUGAAGCGAACAGAGGGUGAACUUGAUGUUGAUUAGUUGACAAAAGUUCCCCUCAAUCUUUUCCUUGAAGUAAAUAAGAAAAUAUUUCAAAUCGAAAUAGAAAACUUUCAUCCCUCAAAAUCAAAA